GGUCUAUCUGCAGUUGGGUUUAGCAAUCUUGCAGAAGUUGGGCCAAUGGAUAUAUAUUUGAAUCCUAGAAAUCAAACAUGGCUGAAAAAAGCCCACCUCUUGUUUGUGGAUAGUCCAGUUGGGACAGGUUAUAGUUAUGUGGAAGAUCCAGAAGUGUUGGUUAAAACAGAUGAGGCUGCUACAGAAGAUUUACUCAAUGUGCUGAUUAAUGUAUUCAAAAGACUAAAAGAUUUACAGAAAACCGAUCUUUAUAUUGAAGGGGAGUCUUAUGGAGGAAAAUUAGCUGUUACUUUGGGUUUAUCAGCACUCGAUGCUAUCAAAGAUGGAAGAUUAAACGUCUGUCGUCUCGGAGGAGUUAUAAUGGGGUCUGCUUGGAUAUCACCAGGUGUUCAAGUGCUUUCAUGGGGUCCUGUAUUAAGAGAUGUCUCUAGGCUGGAUAACAAUGGCCUAGAUAAGGCACAAAGGUUAGCAAUUAAAAUAAACGAACAAAUUGGUGCUGGCAAACUUGUGGAGGCAUAUGAUUCUUACAAUGAUCUCAAAGAUCGUGUUAUCAUUGACAAUAGUAAUGGAGUGGAUAUCUUCAAUUUCAUGCUGGAUAGAAGUGAUGACGUCAUAUUCUCGAAUGACACGUCAAGAAACCUGUCGUCGUCAGGACAUAAUUAUUCAUAUUUCGAUAUGUUAGCGGGGCGACCGCCACGUGUCUUUAAUUAUACUCAGCUUGAUAGCCUUAUGAAUAAUGAUGAGAUGAAGCAAAUGCUUCAGAUACCAGAAGCAGUUCGAUGGGUAGGACGAUCCGUUACAUCUCACCUUGCAAUGAAAGGAAAUUUCAUGAAACCAAUUACCACAAAGGUUGAUGAACUGCUGGCAACUGGAGUUAGUGUCACUAUAUAUGCUCCUCAAUUGGACGUGCUUUCCUCACCCAAAGGAACUGAGGCAUGGCUUGUAAAGCUCAAGUGGCCAGGGCUUAAACCAUUCUUAAGGACGGAAAGAAGUACAAUAUAUUGUGAUCAUGAGGAUGAUCAUCAUAAUAAUAAUAAAAGGACAGGGGGCUUCGUUAAAUCCUACCUGAAUUUGAAUUUCUAUUGCAUUUUUGAUGCUGGUCACUUUGUACCUAUGGAUCAGCCGUGUGUAGCUCUAAACAUGAUAGCCAACAUAAUUAAUCAGUCAUCUCAAGCUCCUUAA